AUGGCGGGAUCCAGGCGACGGGGUUGCCAGCCUAGAGUUCGGCCGUUUUUCUGCGCCCUGCUGCUGUCCAUCAGUCGCUUCGUCGCGGGUGACGGCGCAGGAGGGGACCCUGUAGCUGCCGGUGCCGCGGGCACCCCGGCCGCGCUGCCACAUCGUCGUUUCGAGUAUAAAUACAGCUUCAAGGGGCCGCACCUGGUGCAGAGAGAUGGGACCGUGCCCUUCUGGGCCCACGCGGGGAAUGCAAUUCCAAGUUCAGACCAAAUUCGAAUAGCACCGUCUUUAAAGAGCCAAAGAGGAUCCGUGUGGACAAAGGCCAAAGCCGCCUUUGAGAACUGGGAAGUAGAGGUGACUUUUCGCGUCACUGGAAGAGGUCGGAUUGGAGCUGAUGGCCUGGCAAUUUGGUACACCGAAAAUCAAGGCUUUGAGGGCCCCGUGUUUGGAUCAGCUGAUAUGUGGAAUGGUGUUGGAAUAUUUUUUGAUUCUUUUGACAAUGAUGGAAAGAAAAAUAAUCCUGCUAUCGUAAUUAUAGGCAACAAUGGACAAAUCCAUUAUGACCAUCAAAAUGAUGGUACCGAUCAAGCUUUAGCAAGUUGCCAGAGAGACUUUCGUAAUAAGCCCUAUCCCGUCCGAGUAAAGAUUAUAUAUUACCAGAAAACAUUGACGGUCAUGAUCAAUAAUGGCUUUACACCAGAUAAAAAUGAUUAUGAAUUUUGUGCCAAAGUGGAAAACAUGAUUAUCCCUGCACAAGGGCAUUUUGGAAUAUCUGCUGCUACAGGAGGCCUUGCAGAUGACCAUGAUGUUCUUUCUUUUCUGACUUUCCAGCUGACUGAGCCUGGAAAAGAACCACCUACACCAGAUAAAGAAAUCUCAGAAAAAGAGAAAGAAAAAUAUCAGGAGGAAUUUGAACACUUUCAGCAAGAGCUGGAUAAGAAAAAGGAGGAGUUCCAGAAGGACCACCCUGACAUCCAGGGGCAGCCUGCCGAAGAUAUCUUUGAGACUGUUGGGGACCGUGAGCUGAGGCAAGUCUUCGAAGGACAGAAUCGCAUUCAUCUUGAAAUCAAGCAGCUCAACCGACAAUUAGACAUGAUCCUUGACGAGCAGAGAAGGUAUGUCUCGUCCGUGACAGAGGCGCUCUCGCAGCGCGGAGCCGGCGUCCCGGGGCAGCCUGGACAGAUCUCUCAACAAGAAGUGGAUACUAUGGUGAAAACGCAGCAUGAAAUUCUGAGACAAGUAAAUGAGAUGAAGAACUCCAUGAGUGAAACCGUCAGACUGGUCAGUGGGAUCCAGCAUCCGGGGUCUGCAGGAGGAGUGUACGAGACGACGCAGCACUUCAACGACAUUAAAGAGCACCUCCACAUAGUAAAGAGGGACCUAGAUAGCCUAGUGCAGCGAAAUAUGCCAUCAAAUGAAAAGCCAAAGUGCCCAGAACUGCCUGCAUUUCCCUCAUGUUUGUCAACACUUCACUUCAUCGUAUUCAUAGUGGUACAGACGGUACUAUUCAUUGGUUACAUCAUGUACAGGACUCAGCAAGAAGCAGCCGCGAAGAAGUUCUUUUGA